CGCAACUGGGGAAGAGACGUGCGCUGCCUGGCCAGCCUGGCGCUUGGGCUCCGACGGCGUCCGAUGUGUUCUGGCCACGCCCCUCCCCACGCUCGCGCGGCUGAGGGGCAGCGCGGGGCCGGCGCGAGGCCACGGCAGCGGCAGGCGUCGCGCGACGGACUGCGUCAUCAUGACGCGCGGGAGGCCCCAGUCUCUCGGUGGCGGCGGUCGCCCGGGGCAACGGCUAUGAGGAAGCUGUGGCGGCGGCGGCGGGGCGGCCCUUGGCCCCCGCCGCCGCCGCCGCCGUCGUUGGCGCUUCCGCUGCUGUGGUUCACUUUGUGCCUGUGCUGGCGCCCGGCGGAGGCCCUGGUGGAGGGGCUGUACUGCGGGAAGGUGGCCUGCUACGACGUCCUGGGCGUCAGCCGCCAUGCCAGCAAGGCUGAGAUCGCCCGCGCCUACAGGCAGCUGGCCCUCCGAUACCACCCGGACCGGCAGCAGCAGCAGAAGGAGAAGGAGACGGAGCCCGGCGGGGGAGGAGGAGCCGAGAGCGCCGAGGAGAAGUUCCUCCUCAUCGCCACCGCCUACGAGACCCUCAAGGAUGAAGAAACUCGUAAGGAUUAUGAUUAUAUGUUGGAUCAUCCUGAGGAGUAUUACAGCCAUUACUAUCACUAUUAUUCUAGAAGACUGGCACCCAAGGUGGAUGUCAGAAUAGUGAUUCUAGUAACAGUCUGUGCUAUCUCUGUGUUUCAGUUCUUCAGCUGGUGGAGUAGCUACAAUGAAGCUAUCAACUACCUAGCAACUGUGCCAAAAUACCGUAUACAAGCCACUGAAAUUGCCAGGCAACAAGGGCUAUUGAACAAAGCAAGAGAAAGGGGCAAAAACAGACGGUCCAAAGAAGAAAUCCGUAAAGAAGAAGAGCAAAUAAUCAAAGAUGUAAUAAAAAACAAAAUAGAUAUCAAAGGUGGUUAUCAGAAACCCCAACUAUAUGACAUUCUCUUCUUCCAAAUUAUUUUGGCACCUUUUUAUCUGUGCAAGUAUAUAGCAUGGUAUUUUUGGUGGAUUUAUUGUUUCAAUAUCAAAAGACAAGAAUAUGGUGAAGAAGAAAAAUUGUACAUCAUACGCAAAUACAUGAAAAUGUCGCAGUCUCAAUUUGACACCUUGGAAGAUCACCAGAAAGAGACUUUUCUCGAACGACAGCUCUGGAUAAGAGACAAUUAUGAGCUUUAUAAACAAGAGCAAGAGGAAGAGCUGAAGAAAAAGAUGGCAAUGGACCCUCGAUGGAAAAGAUACAGACGGUGGAUGAGGAAUGAAGGACCUGGAAGACUGACAUUUAUUGAUGAUUGAUAUUUCUUGAAACACAUACAAAUGUGUUAUAGAUGAUUGGCAACAAAAUUUGUACCUAAAAUGUUCAGAGUUUUGCUGCUGUGUCUUAGCAGUGUUUUAAAACUCAGGAAUUAUUCAAUCAGGCAGAAAACUAGUAACAUUUUAUGACUUUUAUAUAUAUAAAUAUAUAUAAAAAUAAAUUAAUAAAAGCAAAUUUGUUGAGCAGACUUAUUUGCUUUA